GCCAUGGAGACGGAAGCACAUGACGGGAAGGCAGGCCCGGCCGGAGCCGAGCAAGAUGGAGGGAUCGGGUGACGAUGAUAUCCAGCCGUUGCUCAGCAGGGAGCGGAAGAAAGUGGUACAUCAGCUGAUCAAGAGUUGCCAGGCCGGAGACUGAUCCUGCCAACCCCACUCUACAAGUAGUGCAAAAGGAGCUAAAAAGACCCAAGGAGAUGAACAGCCACUUUCGAAUGAGUAGAUUUGCAACAGGGCGAGUUUGACUUCGCAGUGAUAUCGACAUGCUGUUCUUCUCGAUGCAACCUGGCAAUUUUGGCCUUCUGGGGAUUUUUUGUUGUGUAUGCACUGCGUGUGAACCUCAGUGUGGCAAUGGUCGAGAUGUUAGAUGAUAAUGCAACUUUACCCAAGAACGGGAGUGUUGAGGCAUGUCCACCACAUUCCAAUUCUACUCAACAAAAGUAUGUGAAAAGGGGCAAGGUAUAUAACUGGGAUUCGGAUAUACAAGGAUGGAUACUUAGUGCUUUCUUCUUUGGUUACAUCGUUACUCAGAUUCCUGGUGGAUAUCUGGCAGGUCGAUUUGGAGGGAAGCUGUUACUUGGCUUUGGUAUACUGGGCACUUCAUGUUUAACACUGUUGACUCCACCAGCAGCAUCAUUGAGUGCUUAUUGCAUAAUUGUACUGAGGGUUAUUGAAGGGCUGGGAGAGGGUGUGACCUUCCCUGCCAUGCAUGCAAUGUGGGCUAAAUGGGCUCCACCUCUAGAACGGAGCACACUCGUCAGUUUGUCUUACGCAGGUGCUCAAUUUGGAACAGUUGUUUCCCUCCCAUUGUCUGGAAUAAUUUGCUAUUACUUGGAUUGGUCAUAUGUAUUCUACAUAUUUGGUGCAUUUGGAGUGGCAUGGUGUCUGUUAUGGUUCUUGUUGGCUAGUGACACACCAGAAACCCACACAACUAUAUCUAAUGCUGAGCGAGAAUAUAUCAUCUCUUCACUUCGUGGCCAGCAUUCUUUCAAGAAUUAUGUGCCCUGGGGAUCUCUAUGGAAAUCUUUGCCGCUCUGGGCUAUAAUUGUUCCUCAUUUUUGCUACAACUGGACUUUUUACACAUUAUUAACACUGCUGCCAACAUACAUGGAAGAAAUUCUACAAUUCGACAUUAAAGAGAAUGGCUUUUUAUCUGCCCUACCGUAUCUCUUCUGUUGGAUGGUGAUGAUCACUGCUGGGUUGAUUGCUGAUUGCCUGAUAAAAAAACAUAAUUUUACCACAUCUGCUGUUCGUAAAAUGUGCACCAUAAUAGGUAUGAUCGGACCUGCAAUUUUCCUUGUUGUUACUGGAUAUAUAGGCUGUAACUACAUAAUGGCUGUGCUAUUUUUAACAAUAUCUUCUGCGUUGGGAGGCUUUAGCAUGUCUGGAUUCAAUAUUAAUCAUUUGGACAUUGCCCCAUCGUAUGCAGGAAUUUUACUUGGAAUCACAAAUACAUUUGCUACUAUCCCAGGAAUAGUAGGACCCGUUAUUGCCAAAGCCUUGACAUACAAUCAUACAAUUGCACAGUGGCGAACUGUAUUCUACAUUGCUGCUGCUAUUGAUGUAUUCGGUGCUAUAUUUUUCACCAUUUUUGGGAAAGGUGUAGUCCAGCCCUGGGCAAUUAAUCACUGAACAUUUCUCUUGUGAUCUUUUGUACCUUUUGCUUUGAUCAUGUGAUCUGAAAGUGCCUCCAUUGUUUUAUUGCCAUAUGACCUGGACUGAUUGUUUCACAUUGCUGAGCUUUCCUUUUAUUACUACCAACAAUUACCAGAUAAUCUAAUUGUAUUCCUUUAUCCUGCUUAAUCCAAGGAUUCUGUGACUAUUCAAAAAGAAGCUACCAAAGCAUUUUCAGCUCAUGAUUGUGUGUAAAUUUUAAAAGCUGAAACCGAAUAGCAUCCACAAUAUUCAAACUGUCAGUAAACUAAUUUAAUAAAGAAUUAAAUAGACUAUUUGUGAUAAAUCAUCUAUUUAGUCAGCAUUAUUAGAUAUCAAUUUUUAUUCCCCGUGUAAAAUGUGAUGUCAAAAGUCAAAAAAUGUGAUGUCCUGGUGACAAGAAUCAUUGUGAAUAAACAGUGCCUUUAAUCUGCAGAA